AUGGCCGUCAUGCAACGCCGAAUAUCACAGUUGUAUUCGGCUGUGAGGAAGGCCCUUCAACUAGAAAUCGAGAACAUCGAAGUCGAGAACAAAUCACCUGGAUGGCCGUCGCAGGCGGCCACAGGUCGCGUCAAUCAGUCACCAACACAACGCCAUGCCACCACGGCUUUUCGUAGGGCUACGACAAUGUGCCGCACGACGCCCCAGUCUUCAGAGACGCAUCUGCCCAAGUUCUUUGACUCUGACAUUGAGAAGAAAGUCUUGGGCGGCAUGGCUUCCGCUUUCCAAGACUGGUUCAAUGAUCUUGAUAAGACAAAUGGCGUUGAAUGCGUCUGUGGCGGGAAAGACCAAGAGCAACAGCAAUUCACACACGAUUACGGCCCACGUCUCACUGUGUCAGUCGUUUCAUGCCGGGUACCGACUGGGGCUAAGUGGCUGGUUUUCGGACCAAACACGGACAACAAGGAAGCCAAAACAUCAUCGGCGGCCUUUUGUGGAGGCCCCCCUGAAGACGCCGUAUUGGAGCAAUAUCUGAAGGAGCAUUUGCAGCCCACAACGUUUGCAAAGUUCUUGGGGAAAUGUUUUUACGACGAUCACAUCGUUCAAGAAAUUCUCACUACCAUCUUCAGGAAGGCUGGCACAGAUUCUCUCGCCCGCGACGUCCUGCUGCUUUUGGUGGCCCAUUGCCUCCAGAGCAGCAUGCUUUUCCUCAAAGAGUCCAGUCCUAGCUCAGAAGGGACUCUCUCCAAUGGCACUCCCGCAAAGCAAGUCAACAUGGCAGUUUCAAAGGCCCUACGUCGUCUUCAACUCGAAAAGCUCACUCAAGUAUUGGAAAGAUUGCCGAGCACACAAGACAGCAGCCACGCACUCGUCGGGUUGCUCAUAUUUCAAGGUUUUAUGCUUUAUGAUACCCUGUACCGUCAGUGGAAAUUCGUCGACAAUCUCCAUACGAAGAUGUUUGAACUCGAAGAGAUGUUCGCACCUCAUAUCCGGGCCGACGCAGAGCUAACAUCCAUGGUGACCCAGCACGAUGUCAUUCCCCACGACUGA